AAAAAAAAAGGGAGGUCGGGCUGACAAAGUUGCAAAGGCAGGAAGUGAGAGAAGGAGACAAAGUUUCCAAGGAGGAGGAGGAGGAGACAAAAAAGGAAGGGGGAGGGAAGAGAGAGAGAAGCAAAAGGAGGAAGCGAGAGAAGGGGGGAGGAGACAGACCUGCGACUCUUUGCAAAACAAGGAAGGAAAUCCAAAGGCAAAGGAAGAGGAAGGAAGGAACCAUUGGGCCUGGGAAAAAGCCGAAGGAAAAGGGAGGAGAUCGAGGAAAUGGAAGGCUAACGAGGGAGGAGAAGAGGAAGGGAAAGCAGGCGUGGGCUCGCCCACUUUCCACGCAGGAAGUGGGUUCCCUUCCUUGUAUGCUCUCCUUCCAAUCCAGCGUUGGGGGGAAAGGCCUCUUGGCAAGGGAAAGGGGAUCGCCUCCCCCCAAGGGAAGAAGGUGAGGAGACUCACCCACCCACCCACGCGGCAAAGGGGCGACGGGGCCUCCUUGGUGUUGGCCCCCUUGGAGCUCAGCACGCAGGCGCCAAGAUGUGGAGACUGGCCAUCGUCCUUUUGGGUGUAAUUCAGCCUCUUGAAAGUCACUUUACUUCCUUUACGGAAGUCUGCCAAGGCUACCCUGAUAUCCGGAGAGAACCCCAAGGCUUGAUCCGCAGUCCUCUUUUCCUAGGGACGCCGUAUAGUAGCUGCACUUGGGUCAUUGUGGGCGAACCAGAGGAUACCUUCUAUAUCAGGUUCCAACGCUUCCAUGUCCCCUGUGGCUCAGGUGUGCUUACUGUUCAGACGCCCUUCCAACCUCCCGGGAAAUUGUGUGGCUACAAAAACCCUGAGCCCCUCGAGAUAAAAGGGGGCAACGUGACCCUCACCUAUAGCUGGAAGUUUCUGUCGCAAGAUGGGUUUCUGUUCAAGUAUCAGAAAGUCCCGCCUCCGGUCCAAUGCAAUUAUACCUUGGACAGUUUCUACGGGGUCUUCUUUUCACCGGGCCUUAACUCUGACGCUUACCUGGGGGAAGCCAAUUGCCAAUGGACCCUUGAUGCCCACGACAGCCGCCCGCUGAGCAUCCGCUUCACAUUCCUCGAAUUAAACGUCAAGGAUUCCCUCCACGUUUACGAGGGGGUUCCCGGAGCUGCCCAGAGCCCCCGCUUGUUGCGUAAUUUGGAUUACACCAGUAAUAACAAGGUGGUCACGGUGGACUCGCCAUCCAGCCAAGCAUGGGUCACAUAUCAUGCGCCAGUAGGAACAACCUUCCGUGGCUUCAAUGCUACUUACCAUGUGUGGGGCUUUUGCGUGCCAUGGGACUUCCCCUGUGGUGGCGGAGAUGGUGAAGGGGCAACCUGCUACAGCGUCGCAGAGCGAUGCGAUGGAAUAUGGAAUUGUGCCAAUGGGGCUGAUGAAGAAAGCUGCAGCGGAUGCCCACCUGGACAGUACGCCUGCGGUGGGCAAGGGAUUGGGGGUGCCGUCUGCUACGGCCCCGCUGACCGCUGCAACUACCAGACCUUUUGUGCUGACGCUGCAGAUGAGCGGCACUGCUACAGCUGCCAGCCAGGCAACUUCCGCUGCCAUGAUGGGCGCUGCAUCUACGAGAGCUGGGUCUGCGAUGGACAAGCAGACUGCAUCGACGCCUCCGACGAGUCAGAUUGCACCUAUGUCCUCCCGCGCAAAGUGGUGACGGCCACCGUCAUUGGCAGCCUGGUGUGCGGUCUUCUCUUGGUGAUAGCUCUGGGGUGCACCUGCCGACUUUAUGCCCUCCGCAGCCAUGAGUUCGGUAUAUUAGCCCCCAUGUCACGAAUGGAAGCAGAACUUAUACAGCGCCAAGCACCACCUUCGUAUGGGCAACUCAUCGCUCGGGGGGCCAUCCCACCUGUUGAUGGCUUCCCAACUGAGAACCCAAGUCAGAAUUCGAUGAUGGGGAACUUGCGCUCUCUUCUCCAUUUGUUACGUCGUGAGCCAACCACGGCGAGUGCCACCAAUGCAGGACGCCACCAGCAUCGCAACCGCUUUGUGCGCCGUGUGGUGAGGCGCAUGCGCCGAUUGGGGUGGCUACCCCGAUCAGCCCCAUCUUCCUCUGCCACCACCACGGCCACAACGGCGUCACCCUCCGUCCCCGACAACGCACCUGAGCCGUCCCCCGGAGGUGAGGUUUCUGGUCAGACCGACGAACAAGCGCCGCCUCUUCCUCAGAAAGUCCCGCUCUGUCUGGCCGAACCUGCGCAGGACCCCCCGACCCCUCGCCCUCCCACUCCACGCCUCUCGGGAAUGAUGCACAACCUCCGGGUGCGGCUCUUCUCCCCCGUGGCCCCAAAUUCGGCAGAGGGAGGCGACCCACAGAGCCUCCCCCCGUCCCCCGAGGAGGAGGACGACGUGCUCCUGGUGCCGCUCACUGAACCAUGGCUUGAAAGCGUCAAUACCGCCGCUAACUCGGAUGCCGACGACGAACCCCUUUUGACAUGAGACGCCUUCUGUGCCAUCGGAGCUGGCUUGGCUCCUCAGUCCAACACUGGAUUGCUGCCUUUUAAGAACUUCCCUCCAAACGACAAGAAGAAUGGAUGAAUUUCCAAGAGCCAAUUCCUGACGUCUUUCUCCAAAAAACGCCCAUCUGCAAAGGAAAGAUAUGAGCUAACAUCAUGUUGGUGAUUUCCAUUUGGUUAUGGCAGUAUAUAUAGUUUCUGGGGACAUUGUGGAAGGAGGUAUGUAAUACCUGUUUGCAUAAUGCCCUCGUUCAGAAACAAGUGUGCAACAUCAAGAGAGGACCAGGGAUUGGGAAAGCCAAUCCCUAUCGUCUUUUCCCCAAAGAGGCCACUUUGCAAAACAAACAAACUAGCAUCCUGUUGUUGAUCUCCAUUGAUGUAAUGGCUAGCCAUGGCAGUAUAUACACUACCACAAGCAUCAAAGGUGCAACAACAAGAAUGGAUCGGCUUCUGAACGCCAAUCCCCGUUGUCUUUUCCCCAAAGAGGCCCCUUUGCAAAACAAACAAGCUGUAUGUUGUUGAUCUCCAUUGGUGUAAUAGCUGGUCAUGGCAGUAUAUACAGUUUUGAGAGCAUUGUGGAAGGAGGUAUGUGUUACCCGGGGACACCAAAAUACCUAAUGCAACAUCCUCCCCAAGUCACUGAUCAGGUAUGUAGAUGUGACCAAAUAUGGUCAAGAAGAGCUUGAAGAAAAAUCUUUGCACAGUUCUUCUCAACCUGUGGGUCCCCAGAUGUUUUUGGCCUACAACUCCCACAAAUCCCAGCCAGUUUACCAAUGGUUAGGAUUUCUGGAAGUUGAAGGCCAAAACAUCUGGGGAGCCACAGGUUGAGAACCACUCUCUUAGAGUGAACAUGGAGCCUGGUCUUUCUUUCAGACUGUAUUUGGGCUCAUCCAAAUAUCUGAUCAAGACUGGGGGUCAAAAAAGCAGCCGGGAGCCUCCAGUUGGUUUUACAAACCCAAAGAAGAAGCUUGGAAGAAGACACACACUUUGUCUCUCUAAACGACUGGUAUCAAUGCGCCUUCAAAUUCAGCCAUAGUUGCCUGGCAGUUAAGGAAGUGGGGCAGCAUGAAGAUGCUUUUCUACUUGAUCAAGGCAAAGGUCUACCUGAGACCUUGAGGCUAUCUCCCUUUUUUAGCACUGCAGGUCAGUGAAUAGCAUUUGGCCAAAUAGGGAAAUAAUAUUACGACAGGGAAUGAAAAUGAUUCUCAUCUGGGAUCACUCUAUAAUUUGGUGCAAUUAGAGAAGUGGAAAGGAUUUGGGAAUCAAACCAUUUUUCUCUUCUAUCUCUCUUUUUCCUUCUCCUUCAGAGCUUUCUCUGAUGAGUCUUUGGUUCAACCAAGUUUCUCCUCUUCCUGCUCCUCUUCUUGCUCCUUCAGAGUUGUCUCUGACUGGUCUUUAUUUCAGCUUUGUUUCUCCUUUUUCGCCUCUCUCCUCUUCUUUUUCUUCCUUCCUGGAAGGUUUUUGUUUCAACUCAUUUCUCUUUUUCUGCUGUUUCUCCUUCUCCUAGUCUUCUGCCUUCUCCCUCAUGGUUUCUGGCAGGUUUUUGGUUCAACUCGCUUCUCUUCUGCUGUUCCUCCUUCUCCUAGUCUUCUUCCUUC